AGAGAAGGGGCCAAUGGGCCGUCCCUAGUGGGUGAUCAGUUGGACUGAGACAGAGGAACAGCAAGCACUACCACAGAGCCCCAGGACCAGCUUGCUUUGAGUCUCAGUUUCAGGGCGGCAGGUAGCCUAGUGGUUCGAGCGUUGGAUUAAUAACCGAAAGGUUGCAAGAUCAAAUCUCAGAGCUGACAAGUAUGUGUUGUCUGGGUCUCCUGGUGGUGGCGGCUCUGACCCCGUGGACCCUGGCACAGUUCCCCAGAGAAUGUGUCACCUCAGCGGGGAUACGGAGCGGCCAGUGCUGCCCCUCUCCCACUGGAGCCCUGGAUGACGAGUGUGGUUCUGCCACAGCGAGGGGUCAGUGUGUGUCCGUAGCUGCUGACAGCCACCGCCACGGCCCCCAGUACCCACAUGACGGCCGGGACGACCGGGAACGCUGGCCGUUAAGGUUCUUUAACCGGACGUGCCGGUGUAACGGGAACUUUGCGGGGUAUAACUGUGGCCGGUGCCGGUAUGGACUCAUCGGUCCUAACUGUGAUCAGAGGAUAUCUGUGGUCAGGAGGAAUGUGAUGCAGAUGAGUUCAGCAGAGAAGCAGGCGUUUGUGAACUCUCUUGACCAGGCCAAGAGGACCGUCCACCCUGACCUGGUCAUCUGCACACGACGUUACCAGGAAGUGUACGGCCCGGACGGUAACACCCCUCAGUUUGACAACGUCACCAUCUAUAACUACUUUGUGUGGACACACUACUACUCUGUCAGCAAGACCUACAUGGGGGCGGGGCAGGCUAGCUUUGGGGGUGUGGACUUUUCUCACGAAGGCCCGGGAUUCGUCACCUGGCACAGGUUCCACCUGCUGCAGCUGGAGAGAGAUAUGCAGGACAUGUUGGGUGAUGCCACCUUUGGCCUCCCCUACUGGAACUUUGCCAUGGGCGGCAGUGAGUGUGAGGUGUGUACUGACGACCUCGUAGGAGCCAGGUCUGCCUUCGAUAUGAACAGCCUCAGCCCCAACUCUGUCUUCUCCCAGUGGAGGGUGAUCUGUGAGAGUGUAGAGGACUACGACACUCUGGGAACCAUCUGUAACAAUUCAGAGACCAGUCCCAUCAGGAGGAACCCAGCCGGUAACGUGGCGCGACCCAUGGUGCAGAGGCUGCCUGAACCCCAGGAUGUAGUGGACUGUCUGGACCUGAAAACCUUCGAUACCCCACCUUACUACUCCACCUCUUCAGAGAGCUUCAGGAACACAGUAGAGGGCUACAGUGCCCCUCAGGGUGGCUAUGACCCAGUGGUGCGCAGCCUCCAUAACCUGGUUCACCUGUUCCUCAACGGGACGGGAGGGCAGACACACCUGUCCCCUAACGACCCCAUCUUUGUCCUGCUCCACACCUUCACUGACGCCAUCUUUGAUGAGUGGCUGACCCGACACGCCCCAGGGGAGGCAGUGUACCCGGAGGAGGAUGCUCCUAUUGGUCACAACAGACAGUUCAACAUGGUUCCCUUCUGGCCACCCGUCACCAACGCUGAGAUGUUCGUCACAGCCCCCGAGAACCUGGGAUACACCUACGAGGUCACAUGGCCCUCUCGCCCCUACACGCUGUCUGAGAUCAUCACCAUAGCGAUCGUCGCCGCGGUGCUGGUGGCUGCGGUGGUGUCGGGGGUCAUGGCGUGUGCCAUGCGUGCCCGCUACUUCCGCUCGGCUGAGGGACUGGAGCCGUUGCUAGGGGAGACCUUCCGUUGCUACUCAGACAGACAGACGGACAACAGCCAGUCUGUCGUGUAGAGAUCAUGUGUCUCCACCGGCACCCUAUUCCCUAUGUAGUGCACUACUAGUGACCAGAGCCCUAUUCCCUAUAUAGGGAACUACUAGUAACCAGAACCCUAUUCCCUACAUAGUGAACUACUAGUGACCAGAGACCUAUUCCCUAUAUAGUGAACUACUAGUGACCAGGGCCCUAUUCCCUAUAUAGUGCACUACUAGUGACCAGAACCCUAUUCCCUAUAUAGUGAACUACUAGUGACCAGAGCCCUAUUCCCUAUAUAGUGAACUACUAGUGACCAGAACCCUAUUCCCUACAUAGUGAACUACUAGUGACCAGAGCCCUAUUCCCUAUAUAGUGAACUACUAGUGACCAGAGCCCUAUUCCCUAUAUAGUGGACUACUAGUGACCAGAGCCCUAUAUAGUGAACUACUAGUGACCAGAACCCUAUUCCCUAUAUAGUGAACUACUAGUGACCAGAGCCCUAUUCCCUAUAUAGUGAACUACUAGUGACCAGGGCCCUAUUCCCUAUAUAGUGAACUACUAGUGACCAGAACCCUAUUCCCUAUAUAGUGAACUACUAGUGACCAGAACCCUAUUCCCUAUAUAGUGAACUACUAGUGACCAGGGCCCUAUUCCCUAUAUAGUGAACUACUAGUGACCAGAGCCCUAUUCCCUAUAUAGUGAACUACUAGUGACCAGAGCCCUAUUCCCUAUAUAGUGAACUACUAGUGACCAGAACCCUAUUCCCUAUAUAGUGAACUACUAGUGACCAGAGCCCUAUUCCCUAUAUAGUGAACUACUAGUGACCAGAGCCCUAUUCCCUAUAUAGUGAACUACUAGUGACCAGAGCCCUAUUCCCUAUAUAGUGAACUACUAGUGACGAGAGCCCUAUUCCCUAUAUAGUGAACUACUAGUGACCAGAGCCCUAUUCCCUAUAUAGUGAACUACUAGUGACGAGAGCCCUAUUCCCUAUAUAGUGAACUACUAGUGACCAGAGCCCUAUUCCCUAUAUAGUGAACUACUAGUGACCAGAGCCCUAUUCCCCUUAUAGUGAACUACUAGUGACCAGAGCCCUAUUCCCUAUAUAGUGAACUACUAGUGACGAGAGCCCUAUUCCCUAUAUAGUGAACUACUAGUGACCAGAGCCCUAUUCCCUAUAUAGUGAACUACUAGUGACGAGAGCCCUAUUCCCUAUAUAGUGAACUACUAGUGACCAGAGCCCUAUUCCGUAUAUAGUAAACUACUAGUGACCAGAGCCCUAUUCCCUAUGUAGUGCCCUACUUUAGACCAGAGCCCUAUUCCCUAUAUAGUGAACUACUAGUGACCAGAGCCCUAUUCCCUAUAUAGUGAACUACUAGUGACCAGAGCCCUAUUCCCUAUGUAGUGAACUACUAGUGACCAGGGCCCUAUUCCCUAUAUAGUGAACAACUAGUGACCAGAGCCCUAUUCCCUAUGUAGUGCACUACUUUAGACCAGAGCCCUAUUCCCUGUGUAGUGCACUACUUUAGACCAGAGCCCUAUUCCCUAUGUAGUGCACUACUAGUGACCAGGGCCCUAUUCCCUAUGUAGUGCACAACUAGUGACCAGGGCCAUAUUCCCUAUGUAGUGCACAACUAGUGACCAGGGCCCGAUUCCCUAUGUAGUGCACUACUUUAGCAUACUGGCCUAACACUCUAACCACUAGGCUAGUGCACUACUUUAGCAUACUGGCCCAACACUCUAACCACUAGGCUAGUGCACUACUUUAGCAUACUGGCCCAACACUCUAACCACUAGGCUAGUGCACUACUUUAGCAUACUGGCCUAACACUCUAACCACUAGGCUAGUGCACUACUUUAGCAUACUGGCCUAACACUCUAACCACUAGGCUAAUGCACUACUUUAGCAUACUGGCCUAACACUCUAACCACUAGGCUAAUGCACUACUUUAGCAUACUGGCCUAACACUCUAACCACUAGGCUAAUGCACUACUUUAGCAUACUGGCCCAACACUCUAACCACUAGGCUAGUACCCAUAGAGUUCUGGUCAACAGUUGUGCACUAUAGAGGGAAUGGUACCCAUAGAGUUCUGUCAACAGUAGUGUACUAUAGAGGGAAUGGUGCCCUUGGGUACCCAUAGAGUUCUGGUCAACAGAAGUGCACUAUAGAGGGAAUGGUACCCAUAGAGUUCUGUCAACAGUAGUGCACUAUAGAGGGAAUGGUGCCCUUGGUUACCCAUAGAGUUCUGGUCAACAGUAGUGCACUAUAGAGGGAAUGGUGCCCUUGGUUACCCAUAGAGUUCUGGUCAACAGUAGUGCACUAUAGAGGGAAUGGUGCCCUUGGUUACCCAUAGAGUUCUGGUCAACAGUAGUGCACUAUAGAGGGAAUGGUGCCCUUGGUUACCCAUAGAGUUCUGGUUAAAAGUAGUGCACUAUAUUUAGGUUAAGGUGCUAUUAAACCACAACCCUGUCUAUAGUUUAUGCUGUUUCUAUUCCUUCUCCCUCCUCUAAUAAAGUUGUAGUGGUUUUGAAAACCUGUGUCCCGA